AUUGACACUGUUGGCGUUGGCAGUGACAGUUGCCAGAGACAGUUGCUGACACUGACAGUGCAAGUAUUGAAAUUUGUCGUUUUUGAAAAUAUAUUCCAUAUUUUUUAGAAAAUGUCACAGCAAUAUGAUGUUGACGAUGCUACUCGCAAGCUCCUUGAGGAAAAAGCAAAAAGGCGAUUAGUGUUGCGCGAGCAAUUUUUGAAAAUGAAGAGCGAUCCAUUUCAACAUGCCACUGGAGAAGGUGGUACAGUGUUUGAUCCAGCAAUGCAGAGAUUUCAAGCUAUGAAAGUUACUGGGUUUGAGCAUUUCAAGCCUUCUCCCAAAAAUGGUAUUUAUGGAGUAUUGUUUGUGGUUGUGCCCAUGGCAAUAAUGACUUAUGCCAUGCAAACAUCUAGAGACAAUAAGGAAGCCAGUUACCGAAGAGGAGAAGUAGCAUAUAAAGAUCGCAGUUUUAAGUUUAUUUAAUGAUUUGAAGUUGAAUAUUUGAAUUAUAAAAAGAUAUUGUUUGGGGGUUUGAGAGUUUUGCUCAGGUUUCAAGAUUGAGAUAGAUUCUGAUUAGAUGUUGUCAUUGAGCAAUGUGAUGACAAACUAUUUUGUGCUUAUGAGAAGCUUUUUUCAAGAUUUGUUAAACUUGCUGACUCUUAGACCUUUGGAUAUGUAUAUGUAGUUGAUAAAUGAUAGCCUAAUAUAAACGUGAAAUUUUG